AUGCCCUUUGUCGUGAUCACGGGACUGUCAUGUCUGCUCCGGUUCUACUCGCGUCUCUACAUCUCCAAGUCCUUUGGAAUGGAUGACUGGUUUAUGGUCGCUGCGUCUAUCGCAUGGCUCGUCACGCAAGGCAUCCUGGGACAGAUGAUCGUCGAUGGGGGAGGAAAACUAUAUGGUGUUCCACAAGAAAACAUCGCGAAAAUCACCUUGUUACUCUUCAUCAUCGAAUUCGUUUACAUCCUGUGCCAGUGGCUGAUCAAGAUGUCGUUCUUGACCUUCUAUCUCCGCGUCUUGAGCAGCACCCCCUUGUACCGGACGAUGGUGUUUGCCGUCAUGGCCUUCACCACCUGCCAGACCGUUGCAGUCUGGUUAUUCUACGGGCUGCAGUGUAUCCCCUUGGGUGCCUUCUUCAACCCCAGCGCGUACCCUAAUGCGAAAUGCAUCCCGACCCCAAUCACAUUGUACAUUCCCGCGAGUCUUAACGUCCUGACGGACCUGUUGAUCUAUAUCCUCCCUAUCUAUCCUCUGUGGGUUCUCCACACGACCGUCAGGCGUCGGAUCGGCUUAAUGUUCUGCUUCACCCUCGGCGGGAGUACCAUCGUGGUGUCUCUACUCCGGUUCAUCGUGCUCGUGCAACUCGGCAGCGGCUCGCGCACAACCUACGUCUACGGAUCGGUCGACAUCGUGACGACGAUGGAGCUGUGCACCGCCAUCCUGACGGCCAACGCGCCGUCCCUUCGGUCCGUCUGGAAGACACACAUCUCGGACACGGCGGAGACCAGCGGUAAAGGGAAACCGUCGCGGUACGAGCUGGGGACCGUGUCGCAGGUGCGGACGGGUCGCAAGCCCGGCAAGGGCAGCGUGAUCCUGGGGUCGCAGGGUGGCGAUCACGGCUCCGAGGAGGAACUGUGCAAGAAUGGUGAUAUCAUGGUCAGCACGCAGUUCAACGUGACGACCAGCGAUAACCAACCAGCGAGCCAGGCAAUUCCGAGCUCAUACUACCAUUUCUCUUCACAGCAUGCUGACUAG